CAAAAACAAACUCUAGAAACGGAGUGUCCCACCCCGGUCACCACCCCCUACCAAAGGUAAAACCCAAAAACUCAAUCGCGUUCUAAUCCCCGUCACAAUUAACAAAAUUAGGGUUAGGGUUUUACAGCUUUGUCUUUGUUCUUCAACAUGGCUUCCGAAGAGAUUGCUUUAGUUCUGUCACACCGUCCCGACAACCACAACCCUCAGCUCCUCUUCCAAGACGAGUCCAGUUUAGCCUUUCGCUGUAACCCAACGCAGCAGCACCUACACCACCAUCCUGCCGGACAUACGACUAACAACAACACUAACAAGACUACCCGUGAGCUUACCGGAUUCAUCGAACACCAAAAUCGACACUAUCAACCGCAAGCCACAACCGAGUUCCGCCGGAGCAUGUGCGACGCUGUCCCGGCCUACCACCGUGGCAUACAGGACUGGAAUGGCAAAAAUGGACGGGCUUCCAGUUCUCCUAGCCGAGAUGGAUCGGACAGUGAUGAUGACGAAGAAGAGGACGAUGACGACAUGGAUGAUGGGGGUGGAGAUGGUCACGUGGUUGGAAUUGUAAACAACAUUAUGGAUGCUAACAAAAGUAAUCUUAGCGGGCACAUCAGCGACGAGAAAAAUGGAAAUGGGAAAAGGAAUCAUCUUUCCUCCAUUGGAACUGAUAUGAAUGAUGGAAGAGCAAGUUCUAAUGAGAAUCAUCAGCAAGGACAGUUAUGCCAGUACCAAAAUGCUAUUACUAUUGCAGACCCAACCGGUGAAUUGUACUACUCUCAGUAUCUUCAAGGGAUGGAAGGUUCAGGAGGAGCAGGGAUCAAAGAUAUACUGGUUGAAAAUGGGUGUGGCUUUAGUGGAAGAAAAGAUGUUCCCAAUUCAGGUGGAUCAGGGGAGUCACUAAGGGCUAUACUCUCAGAUCCUUUGACUGGAACACUCAUGGAUGAUGCUAUGAUAUUGCCUUGUGGGCAUUCUUUUGGUAGUGGUGGCAUGCAACAUGUUAUGAGGAUGAAAGCAUGCUACACGUGUUCACACCCGGUCUCAGAAGGCUCAGUUGCUUCAAACCUAAGUCUGCGAUCUGCUGUACAUGCGUAUCGUAGGGAAGAAGAAUUGCAAAGUCAGUGUGCAUCCAAAAGAAGAAAUAGAUUUGACCAGGAGAAUAGUAGUAAUUAUGGUGAUUUAACAGUAGUGGACCACUCGAAUUCGAGAUGCAGAGGUGUUCAAUUCCCUUUUACUGUGGCUGAUCGUGUUAUUAUCAAGGGUAACAAAAGGACGCCUCCACGUUUUGUUGGUCGUCAAGCUGUUGUAACCACCCAGUGCUUAAACGGAUGGUAUGUGGUGAAGACAUUGGAUAAUGCGGAGAGUGUUAAGUUGCAAUACCGGUCUCUAGCCAAACUUCAAGAUAUUACUACUAGUCACCCCUCAAAUCUAGCUUCAACUAAAAUUACAACACCCAAUUGGCUCUAAUGUAAUGACCCCAAUUAGGUUGGUACAGGGGAGGGGUAUAUCAGUAAUUUCAAAAUCUGGUCUGUGUAAAUAUAGUCGUCGUGUAGAUUUGUUAUUAGAGGUGGUGGAAUUGUGUAUGUCAUGGGACAUGGGGUUGGGAGAAUAGUAGAAAAUCUUGACUCCAAAAGUGACGCUGUGAUAGAUAAUUGUUGGUUUAAGGCAUUUUACUAGAGGUGGAAAAAUAGUCGAUCAUCAAAAGAUCUGUGAAGAUGGCAUUCAAAUUAAAAUAAGUUGAUUGAUAUGUUA